AUGGGCUCUGCCAUCUUGAGCGGUUUGUUAGACGCCACUCGGUCAGACCCGCAUCCCCGGAUUUCGCGAUUCAUCGUCGUCACCAAGACGGCCGAGUCUAUAGAUCGUCUCCGGUCUCAAUUUAAGGACGAAGAAUCACGGAUUGAGCUAAGCCAUGGAAACACUGUUUGGGCCAUGAAAGAGGCCGAUAUCAUCCUUCUCGGCUGUAAGCCACACAUGGCACAAGACAUCCUGAGUGCCGAAGGCGUGCAAGAGGCGCUUUCUGGAAAGUUCUUGAUCAGUUUUCUAGCAGGGAAGACACCUCAAGUUCUGGAACGCUAUAUCGGCAAAAACAAUGGCGCAGGCUCAAGUCCCUAUGUUGUCCGCGCAAUGCCCAACGUCGCAGCGCGAAUUCGCAAGUCAAUGACCAUUGUCGAGCAUAACCCCUCCCUCCCCGAUGAGCUGAGCGACACCUUGCGCUGGAUCUUUGAGCAGAUUGGCAGCGUCAAAGUGUUGGCUUCUGAGCUGUUCGACAUUGGCUCACUGCUGGUCGGGUCAUCAAUGGCUAUUCUAACUGUCGGCUUGGAUGGACUUCUAGAUGGGUGCGUCAUGGAGGGUUUGCGAAGGCCUGAAGCUUUGGAGAUGGCAGCACAGAGCAUGCUAGGGCUGGCCGAGAUGCUACGACAAGGCGAGUGCACACCGGCAGAGUAUAGGGAGAAUGUCUCGUCACCGAAGGGGGGCACUAUCACAGCGCUGUUGACGGUUGAGAAGGCCGCGGUGAGAGGCACGUUUGCGCAGUCCAUCAUAGACGGGACCAAGAAGAUACAGGGAUGA